AUGAAACGAGCUAAGAGUAUGUCUAAAUCAAAAAAACCUGAUAAAGGUAAAACCACCAAUCGUAAACAUACUUCAAAAUCAAAAUCUAAACAAAUGACAAAUAGUAAAUCCACUUUUGCCGAUGCUUUGAGUUGCAGUGUGAUUGGAGCAUCACAAAAACCAACAACGGAAAAACCGAAAUCUGCUGUGGAUACAAUGAGUGUAUUGAUGGAAUGUACAAAAGUUCAACAACAAAUCGAAAAUCAAACAAUAACUAAAUGUACAUCAAUGAAAGAGUUGAAUCGUAAAGGAUUUAAAGUAAACGUUGAUAAAGGUAAAGACAAUAUAUUCAGCGGUAAAGGUCCCGAGAAUCUAGAGAUGCUUGUAAAAAUUAUAAAUCUUAAAAUGAUGACCCCACGAUAUAGAAAAAAUUUUGAACAACAAAGCGUGAAAAUUUAUAAAUUCAUUGGAGAGAAGCCGUUGUGUGAUUCAUUUCCUAAAGUUUAUGAUAUAUUUCUCAUUGAAAAAGUUUAUCUAAUUUUUAUGGAAGUAGUGGGACCGAAAACUUUAUACGAUUUAAUUGUGGAAAAGGAAUCAUUUCCAGUACGUACUAUACAGCAAUGGAUGCACCAAUUGACCCAAGGUAUAUGUGUCUUACAACAGUAUGGUAUUGCUCAUCGAUUUCUUAAGCUUAAACAUUUGGUCAUUAAUGGUGAACAGUUGAAAAUUCUUGGCUGGAGUAAAGCAGUUUUUUUCUGGGAUAAUCACAAACAGAAAGCGUUGAAACAGCAAAAGGAAAAGCGAAUACAUAAGAAUAACUUUUUGCCACCUGAAGUAUUUCAAGAUGCAUAUGAUCCAUCCAAAGCGGAUGUUUGGUCGUUGGGAACUAUCAUUGUAGCAAUACUUACACGUCAUUAUCCAUUUCAUGUUCGUAUAAAAACGAAUUUCAAUGAUCAAUGGCAAAUGUUCUCGAAGAAACAUUUCAUCGAUCCUGUGGCUAAAGAAUUAUGUGAUAAAAUUUUUGUCAUGGAUCCAAGAAAACGAAUCAAAGCCGCCGACAUUCUACGUGAUCAAUUUUUUCGAACCGACAUUAUGAUCAUAGAUUCAUUAAAAAGUGACCAAAAUAAAUCCAGCAAACAUACAACAAAAAGCAAAAAAUCAAGCGAACUGGGUGAAGUCGAAUCAUCAUCAUGUCGUAAUAAAUUACCAACUUUUUUCCAAAGCAGCAACGAUAAAUCUAAACAAAAAUCAACAUCGGCAAAGGAACCUUCUAAAAAAUCGUCUAAAAAAGAAAGUUCAAAACAAAAAUCACAAUUUUCAAACAGCAAAGCGAUGAGCAAGAGUGCCAUUGGAAAAUCUCAACAAAAUUCAGCACCAAUGGGAUUAGCAGCUGGUGCUCCAAGUGAUAAAGAAUCUGCCAAAGCAUCUUCCAAAGGAUCUUCCAAAGGAUCUUCUAAAGAAUCUGCCAAAGAAUCUUCCAAAGGAUCUUCCAAAGGAUCUUCUAAAGAAUCUGCCAAAGCAAGUGAUAAAGCAUCUCUUAAAGCAUCUUCUAAAGCAUCGUCAAAAGCAUCUACUGCAGCUUCGAAAGCUUCUGCUGCAUCGUCUAAAGCGUGUGAUGCAGAUUCUAAUGCAUCUGCUGUAGCUUCUAAUGCAGCUUCAGCUUCUAAUGCAAAUUCAUCAAAUGAUGAAGGAGAAGGAAAAAUAAAAAUAAAAAUUGAACAGCCACCGAAAGACCCAUCAAGUGAGUCGAAUGAUGAUAAAGAUGAAGUUAAGGAUGAAGAUAAGAGUGAAGUUAAGGAUGAAGAUAAGAGUGAAGUUAAGGAUGAAGAUAAGAGUGAAGAUAAGAGUGAAGAUAAGAGUGAAGAUAAGGAUGAAGAUAAUGGUGACGAUAAGAUUGGAGAAAAAGUUGGUGAAGAAUCGGAAGCAGAUGAAAUUGGCGCUGAAGAAGAUGAUGAAGAAAAAGUAACUAAUGAAGAAUUACAAGCAGCCGAAGAACAAGAAGAAUCAGCAAAACCAUCCGAAGCCGAUGAAGUUGCCGAUGAAGAAGGUAAAAAAACGAUGUUGGAAGCGGCAUCCGCAUUGAGUGAGCAACAAUCCAGUCAGAAUAAAGCAAAAUCUGAGGGCGGUGGCAGUGCUUUCGAAGAUGAAGAAGGUAGUAAUGGAUCUGCCAAAGUAUCAAAUGCCAAAGUAUCAAAUGCUGCACAACCGCCUGAAUCAGAAGAUGGUGGUGGUGAAGAGCAACCGGCAUCACAACAAGAAUCACCAUCAUCAGCAGGACCAAAUGAAAGUGGGCAAGAAUCGAGUAAUACUUAAAAUUAUUAGAAUAAAUUUGAAUAUUCUUAGCAAUAAAAUUUUAGAUCAAUA